UUUAGACGUAAGGCGAGCCCUAUCCAAUGGGGCGCGGAGGUUAAGCUCCUCCUGCCUGUGAGCUGGGAGAACGGAGUCGCGGCUGCUCUGCAGGAGGGGUGGGGGUGGGAGUGGGGGUGAUUUUGGUGCGAAGGUUUUUGCGAACGUUCAAUGUGGAGCGUUCGACAUGGAAUGCCGGUCGCUGAAGCGCUGGCGGCGGCGACUUCGACUCCCGGGACAGCCAGAGCGGCAGGCUGGUGGUCGCAGCGGCCCGCACCUGGCGGUGGCGAUGGAAGCCUCUUUCCGCUGAGAUCCUCCUGCUCCCGGCCUUUGCACUGCUCGGCCGCUUGUUGCAGCAGAGGGAAGUUGCUCAGGAGGUACCUCCUUAAAAAAAUGGAUAAGUUCUGGUAUGAUAAUCCUACACUGGAUUUUGAGCUGGUUACCAAGCCGGCCAAUUUGGCAAACAUGCCAAAAAGCGUUCCGCCCAGGUUUAGUAAAGAACAUAGUAUACGUAAAAGAACCCUAGAUGUCUUGUUAUUAGAAGCUGUGAGGGAUGUGCUGAGUACCUGUGAAGUUGGCCAAGAAGUUUAUGACCUCCAAGUGGAAUUGUCUAAGGCAUCUGUCGGAUCAGAUUUUUCAGCAUGCAAUUUAUAUUGGAGGUCUACAGGUGAUGCAGAAAAAGAUGAGCAUGUAGCCAGAGUUCUGAACAAGAGCGCUGCAGAUAUAAGGUGCUUUCUGAUUACACAUCAAGUCCUGAGAAAAGUUCCUUUUCUAGUAUUUAUUCAAGACAAGGAAGAUGAAAUUAUAAGAAAGAUUGAGAAGUUAUUGGCAAUUGCUGAUUUUGGGCCUGAAGAAAAUGAACCAGUUCAAAGUAAUAUUAGUGAACAAAGUUCUGCAAUGACAGACGUGUAUUUGGAUUCGUCACAUUCCCCUGUCCAUUCCAAUCUGUUUGGAAUUGAUCAUGAUGCAUUAAAUGAGAAAAUAAUUGAAUAUAAAAAAAUGAAGGAAGACAAGAAAAUAGAAGGCAUUGGGCUGUCUGAGCAGCAGCAAAAACAGCUAGCUGAGAUACGAAAGCAAAAGAAGAUGAAAAAGAAAAAAGCCAAGAAAACUUCAGAUGAUGAUCUGACACCCCAGAAAUAUCUAAUGGACAAAUAUAGUGAAGAUUAUUGGGACAGUGAAAUAGCAUUUUCAGAUGAAGAUCAACUGCUAUAUGAGGAAGAUGAACUGGAAGCAGAAGAUGGACCCACUCAUACUAAGUAAACUUGCAAAGCUGUCUUGAUUGAGACAUUACAUUCUUGUUCCUUGAGGUUUGGGGCCCAGAAAUGUACUGCAGAGUCACAGGCAACAUCUCCCUAUUAUUUCCCCUUUCAUUUCUGGAUUCUUUUCUCCCUUUACUGGUUUGCAUAACCAUAGUUUGCAGUGAGAUCCAGUUUGGACAGCUUGUACUUUAUACUAAGCAAGAACUACAUGUAAACAAUGGAUGUGCAGCUUGUAGCCAUCCAGGUGGUGGAGGAUUGAAACUCAUCACCCUUGCCAGCAUAGUUAGCAGUGACGAAUGAUGGGAGUUGGAGUCCAAAGAGUUCCAGAGAGUAACAGUUGCCCAGCCCUACGGAAAAAUUAAAAUCAAAUGUUUUAAAGAUAAUUCCUGUUUAAUCAUAGUUUGCUGUGGGAUGUCAUGGUAAACCGGUUGUACAAACCAGGAAAGGGUGGACACUAGAGAUGGGGGUAUUCAUCUACGAAUACGAAUAUCCCCGC